GCCGUCACUGGAGGUGGCGGCUCCCGCUACUGCUGUCACUGAAUAGAUGUGAGUUCACUCUGGGUGCUGCUGUGUGUGUAUGUGUGUGUGUGUGUACAUGUAUGUGUGUGACUGGGGGGGUGGCGUGGGAGGAGUCUCUGUGCUGUUAUUUGUAAAGGCUUUUGAUAGAUGAUUGCUCUCUGUGUGUGUGUGUGAGAUAGAGGGAGUGAGGGAGUCCCCCCCUUUCUUUUUUUUCUAGUGGCUCACUGUUCAGUGCACAAUGACUCAAUGAAAAGUGGAGGGGAGAGGCAAACACACUGUACGGCUGCACAGGAGAGAGAGAGAGAGAGAGAGAGAGAGAGAGAGAGAGAGAGAGCAGAGAACACACAGGAGAGUAGAAGAAGAGAAGCCAAUUGGAGGGAGCUCUAAAGCCGGGGACAAGAAGAAGAAGAAGAAGAGGAUAUACUUGUCUUAUUUGCCCUCCUCUCUUGCUCACUCUGAAAGGCCACUUUGGGAUCAAGUGGCAGCUGUUCAGUCUGAGCUGAACUUCACCUGGCUGUGCUGCUGUCUGUCUCAGCCUCCUCAAGCUUUUUACCCAUUGCACCCUCGCACUACAGCGUUCUCAUCCACUUUUGGAAGAGGUUGUAGUGGUGUCGCUGGUGGUGGUCAGUCCUGCCCGGGAGAAGGAAGGUAAAGGAAGGGAUAGGAUCUGUCGGCUGUUUCUGCAGUGUGGUGGAGUGCUGCAGGAGAGCAGGAUGCCUGCUGGGAGAAGCGGGGAUGGAGCUGGGUCAGGAGGCUGCGGGAUGGCGGCGGCCCCAGGCCGGGCUUUUCGGUCUGGGCUGCGGAAGAUGCUGGCGUGGGGCGUCCUGGUGCUGGUGGCAGGAUGGGGAGGUGUGGAUGCGUGCCCCACUCCCUGCAACUGCCUGGGGAACACGGUGGACUGCCAUGGCCUGGGGAUCCACUCCGUACCCAAAAACAUUCCCAGGGGCACUGAGAGGCUUGAUCUGAACGGAAACAACCUGACAGUCAUCAGCAAGACAGACUUCUCUGGACUCAAACACCUCAGAGUCCUUCAUCUGAUGGAGAACCAGAUCAGUAACGUUGAGAGAGGAGCUUUUGAUGAACUGAAGGAGCUGGAGAGACUUCGCCUCAACAAGAACCGUCUCAGCCAACUUCCGGAGCUGCUGUUUCAGAAGAAUGAAGGCCUGUCUCGACUGGACCUGAGUGAAAAUUUCAUCCAGGCCGUCCCAAGGAGGGCCUUCAGAGGAGCCACGGACCUCAAAAACCUUCAGCUGGAUAAGAACCAUAUCAGCUGUAUAGAGGAGGGGGCGUUUCGAGCUCUACGGUCUCUGGAAGUACUCACGCUGAACAACAACAACAUCAGCAGUAUUCCAGUCUCCAGUUUCAACCACAUGCCGAAGCUCCGCACCUUUCGUCUCCACUCGAACUCUCUGCGCUGUGACUGUCACCUGGCCUGGCUGUCUCCGUGGCUCCGGCAGCGGGCGGCUUUGGGCCUCUACACUCAGUGCAGCUCUCCCCCUGCGCUGAGGGGCCUCAACCUCGCCGAGCUGCGCAAGAGCGACUUCGCCUGCUCAGGCCACGGUGGCAGUGCCUUCGUUCAGCCGUGCAGCCUGGCGUCCGGCUCCUGCCCGCCAAUGUGUUCUUGCAGCAACAACAUCGUGGACUGUCGAGGGAGGGGCCUCACUGCCAUCCCCGCACACCUACCUGAGGCCAUGACUGAGAUACGUUUGGAGCAGAAUGGCAUCAAGUCGGUUCCUCCGGGUGCCUUCACCUCCUACAAGAAGCUUCGUCGAAUAGACCUGAGUAACAACCAGAUAUCUGAGAUUGCUCCUGAUGCUUUCCACGGCCUCCGAGCUCUCAACUCCCUGGUUCUGUAUGGUAAUAAGAUCACUGAGCUGCCCGGCGGAGUGUUUGAUGGCCUGGCCUCUCUUGAGCUGCUGUUGCUGAACGCCAAUAAGAUCCACUGCAUCAGAGCCUCGGUGUUCAAAGAUCUAGAGAACUUGGCUCUGCUGUCCCUGUAUGACAACAAAAUCCAGAGUCUGGCAAAAGGCACCUUCAGCUCGCUGCACAGCAUCCAGACGCUCCACCUGGCCCAGAACCCCUUUGUGUGUGACUGUAAUGUGAAGUGGCUGGCCGACUUCCUGCGCUCCAACCCCAUAGAGACCAGCGGAGCGCGCUGCGCCAGCCCUCGCCGCCUCGCCAACAAACGCAUCGCACAGAUCAAAAGCAACAAGUUCCGCUGCUCCGCCAAGGAGCAGUACCACAUCCCAGGUACUGAAGACAGGCGUCUGAGCUACGAGUGUAACAGUAAGCCGGUGUGUCCUGCCAAGUGUCGCUGUGAGGCAAACGUGGUCGACUGCUCCAACCUCCGCCUCACCAAGUUCCCUGAACACCUGCCCUCCUCAACUGAAGAGCUGCGUCUCAACAACAACGACAUCUCAGUGCUGGAGGCCACCGGAGCCUUCAAGGGCCUGUCGCAUCUCAAGAAAAUUAACUUGAGCAACAACAAGAUUUCAGAGAUUGAGGAUGGGGCGUUUGAAGGUGCGUCCUCAGUGGUGGAGCUUCACCUGACAGCCAAUCACCUGGAGUCUGUGAGAGGGAGCAUGUUAAGAGGCAUGGAGGGACUACGCAUGCUGAUGCUGAGGAACAACAAGAUCAGCUGUAUCCAUAACGGCAGCUUCACAGGUCUGGCCAACGUCAGGCUGCUCUCGCUCUAUGACAACCAGCUGAGCACCAUCCUGCCCGGAGCCUUCGACACUCUGCCCAACCUGUCCACGCUGAAUCUUCUGGCCAAUCCUUUUAACUGUGACUGCCGUCUCUCCUGGUUCGGGGCAUGGCUCCGGAGCCGUCGAAUCGUGACGGGGAACCCUCGCUGCCAGGGCCCCGCCUUCCUCCGAGAGAUCCCCCUACAGGACGUAGCUGUACCCGACUUCCGCUGCGAGGACGGUUCUGUUCUGGAGGACAGCAGCUGUGCUACGGGGCCGCAGUGUCCCAGCCAGUGUACCUGUAUGGACACCGUGGUCCGCUGCAGCAAUAAACACCUGCAGACUCUGCCCAGAGGACUUCCCCGCAACGUCACCGAACUGUAUCUGGAUGGUAACCAGUUCACCAGUGUUCCCAAGGAGUUGGUCUCUUUCAAAUACCUGCAGCUUGUAGAUCUGAGCAACAAUAAAAUCAGCUCCCUUUCUGAUGACUCUUUCUCCAACAUGAGCCAGCUCACCACUCUGAUCCUCAGCUACAACUCUCUGCGCUGUAUCCCUCCACUGGCACUGGGUGGCCUGCGCUCUCUGAGACUGCUCUCUCUCCAUGGCAACGACAUCUCCGAGCUGCAGCAGGGCAUCUUCAGCGACGUGGCCUCCCUGUCUCACCUAGCGAUCGGAGCCAACCCUCUGUACUGUGACUGCCGUCUGCUCUGGCUGUCAGACUGGGUGAAGAGCGGCUAUAAGGAGCCCGGUAUCGCCCGCUGCGCCGGUCCGCGCGGUAUGGAGGGCAAGCUUCUGCUCACCACUCCGGCCGACAAGUUCCAGUGUCUGGGUCCGGUAGAGGCGUCUGUUCAGGCCAAAUGCAGCCCGUGUGUGGCCUCUCCCUGCCAGAACCAGGGCGUCUGUCAAGUCGACCACACGCAACUGUACACCUGUACCUGCAAGUCUGGCUUCACGGGUAAACACUGUGAGACUCCAGUUGAUGCCUGUGUCAGUAAUCCCUGCACCAAUGGAGGAGUCUGCCUCAGUGACGAACAGACCAGAGGGUUCAGCUGCGCCUGUGCAUUCGGUUUCCACGGUACCUUCUGCGAGGUGAACGUGGACGACUGUCAGGACCACGGAUGUGAGAACGGCGCCACCUGUGUGGACGGAGUGGGCAACUACACCUGCCUGUGUCCUCCAAACUACAUAGGUCUGUUUUGUGAGGAAGAGGAAGGUUUGUGUUCUCCAGGUAGAAACCCCUGUCAGCAUCAGUCCACCUGCAUCAGCACUCCUACCGGCCCCAGGUGUGUGUGUAUUCCAGGCUGGGUGGGGCCAGACUGCGGUAUAGAUUAUAAUGAAUGUGCGGACCAUCGCUGUCAGAACGGAGCUCAGUGCGUCGACCAUCUGGACGGCUACAGCUGCAUCUGUCCACAGGGAUACAGUGGUGAGUUUUGUGAGGUGGCCCCUCCUUCCCCGUCACCCUGCCACCUGGCUCAGUGUCAAAACGGUGCCCCCUGUGUGGAGCAGAUGGGGAUUGCGGUGUGUCAGUGUCUGCCGGGCUUUGAGGGUCAGAGCUGCGAGAAGCUGGUCAGCGUCAACUUUGUCGACAGAGAUUCUUACGUUCAGCUCCAAGACGUCAAGAACUGGCCUCAAACCAACAUCACACUGCAGGUGUCAACAGCAGAGGAUAACGGCAUUUUGCUCUAUAACGGAGACAACGAGCCGAUCGCUGUGGAGCUCCAUCAGGGUCAUGUCAGGGUCACAUAUGACCCUGGGAACCAGCCGGCCACUGCUAUCUACAGCACUGAGACGGUGAACGACGGGCAGUUUCACACAGUAGAGCUGGUGACCUUUAACCGGAUGGUGAACCUGUCUGUGGACGGAGGAGAGCCGACGACUCUGGGCAGUCAGGGCCGGAGCCAGCCGGCGACAACGGAGGCGCUUCUGUAUGUAGGAGGUAUGCCUGAGGAGGUGAUGCCCACCUCUCUGGGUCUCUCCUCUCAGACCAUCAACAUGUCCAGUUUCCACGGCUGCAUCAGGAACCUCUACAUCAACCAUGAGCUGCAGGACUUCACCCGCAGCCACAUGAAGCCGGGGGUGGUGCCGGGAUGUCAGGCCUGCCGCAAGCUCUACUGUCUGCACGGCAUCUGCCAGCCCAACGCUGCACAGGGUCCCCAGUGUCACUGCCAGUCAGGUUGGACCGGACAACACUGUGACCAGCCAAUUACAGGAGGCCUUACUGGUGCGGAUGUUGUCACCACGGCAACCGGUGUCAACCCGUGCGAAGGCAGCAAGUGUGUGAAGGGCGUGUGCAUGGCGCUGGAUGCGCAGACGUACCGCUGCGACUGCGAGAAGGGGUAUCGCGGUGCGCUGUGUAACCUGCAGGGGGAGCCGGCGGGUUUGUGUCAGGGUCUGCAGUGCUUGCAUGGCCAUUGUGAGGAGACCGAGGACGGAGAGCACUGCGUGUGUGAGCAAGGAUACACCGGAGAGAGCUGUGAUAUAGAGACCCCGUGUCGAGGUGAGCCUGUGAGAGAUUACCACCGGCUGCAGCGCGGCACCGUCCUCUGCCAGACGUCUAAGCCGUUCUCCUGGGUCGAAUGUCGGGGCCGGUGCCAGGCGGGAACCGAGCCGGGCGCAACCGCCGCUUCCUGCUGCGCCCCCCUGAGGGUCCGACGCCGGCGGCUCACCUUCGAAUGCGACGACGGGACCUCGUUUACGCAGGACGUGGAGAAGCCUGUGGAAUGUGGCUGCAAGGAGUGUGUGUAGUACUGUGGAUGUGAUGGUGCGCACAUACACACUUGCAGACACACACACACACACACACACACACGUCCAAACACAACACACACCAAGCUAAAGAGGUGCACACACUGUAGGGAUUCUAUCACUGAUAAACGGACAUUUUGGUGUUUGUUUCGUGUGUUUUUGCGCACAGACGCAGUUUUGUAACAUAAGACAGUUCUUCCCUCUCGAAACAUGAAAUCAACGAGUCAACCUCAUCGUCAUCUUCCUCCUUUCACCUGCUGCAGGAGAACCUGCGCUUACUACCUAACCCCGGCUCAUUUUUAAUACUGGUGUGUGGAAAAGCCUCCGUAUGCCUUCUCGUAUGUGUUUCUGAUGUGUGGCUGGUUAAGUGCUGCUCUUCAUUCACUCACAGCUACGACGGCGAGCGACGACUUAUUGCAAGAAAUAAAGGUACUAAUUUAAGCAGCAGACUCGCUUAUGAAAGGUUUCUUUGUCAAAUUUGACGUGUUAAAGAUCACUCCAUUCUUAUCAGCAAUUUAAAGAUUGUUAGACCUGUCAGAUUUCAGGAGCAGGUAUUUCUGAGCAGCAGCACGGAGGUCUGUCAGUUUAAUAACGGAGGGAACUGCUAGGGAAAUAAAGCUACAUUUUGAAGUAUUGUUUGCUGCAGAUAUAACUGCUGUUUCUCCUCAGCUGUUUCUUUAAAGGUCCUUUGUGUAACAUUCAGAAGGAUCUAUUGGCAGAAAUGGAAUAUAAUAUUCAUAGGUAUGUUUUCAUUAGAGUAUAAUCACCUGAAUAUAGGAAUCAUUAUGUUUUUGUUACCUUACAAUGAGAAGUUUUUAUCUACAGAGGGAGCAGGUCCUCUUGUACGGACCCCGCCACAUUGACCCGCCAUGUUUCUACAGUAACCCAGAAAGGAAAAACACUGGCUGUAAUGAGGGCCUUUCGAGCCAAGUGUGCAUGUUUCUACACGCUUGUAAGGCGAGCGGUAUUCAGCUGGUUGCAAUCUGCAACUUCACCCCUAGAUGCCACUAAAUCCUACACACUGGUCCUUUAACUUGUGAUUGAAGUAGUUCAGCAGUGACAGGUGCGAGGUUUACACAGAUAAACAGGUUCAGCCGUCUUAAUGUGCUGAAGGUGAAAUCCUUCACAGCUUCACAAAAUCUUGUAAAAUGAACAUAAACUCUGAAACACAGAAUGAGCAAAGUAACUAAUUAGAGGUAUUUCUAACAUACAGUUUCAACAGUCUCUUACAACACAUGGCAUAAUCCGAAUGUAAAUAAAAGGGUCAUCAUCUCACUAUACGCAGCCUAUAGGUCAAAGGUGACAGCAGUCACAGGGGACAGCAGAGGGGUCAUGAAACGUUCCCAUCGCUGCUCGCCAGACGCCCGUUUUCCCAGUUUAGACUAGUAGGGGGGAGGCUGGGAGUGUGUGUGUGUGUGUGUGUGUGUGUGUGUGUGUGUGUUGUACUUCUAUGUUUGUGAGGGCCAGUUUUUACAGACCUACGUAUGAAGAUAUUUUGUCUGUUUCUCACUUCCUUGAAGGUCUGUUUUAGUGUUUAAACUUGAUUUUAGAGUUAGGGUUAGAAUUAAGCUUACCGAAACCUUUUAUGGUCCUGAUCAAAAUGAGUCUAGCACCAGGUUUUGGCCACUUGAGGGCAGCACAAUAAGCUGUUAAGACAACAUUGACAUAUUGUCACUUUAUAUGUAAAGUGUUAGCAAACAGUUGCGUAUUCGAACAUCCAGCAAACAGAGCAAUAAUAAGAGCAAUAAUAGUCUUCCUUUGGAGUCGUAUUUCUGGCCACUUGGCAAGUGAAAGUUCAAUAUUCACUCUCUUUUAGCUCUGGUUUGGUCUCCCCCUGAGGGAAAUAUCUGGCUUCUCAGCUGCUAAAUGCUGCAUCAGCUCAUCGUUAACAGAGUCUGGAAACAACACUGGUGAGAACCAAAACAAUGAGCUGGAAGGUGCUAAAGUGCUCCAUGAGAGGAAACUUAGCUGUGGGUCACUGCAAGCGGCAGCUUUCAUUUCAUCAUUUGAUCCAUUAUUGAUAUCAAAUAUAGAUUAAAAAAUACAGUUUUGUACAACAUGGUUAUAUUCUUCACUGUGAUGCGUCAACACAUGUCAAUAGAAAUGUAUUAAACCUGACUUAAACAUCAAAUCAUUUAAAGUAAGAGCCCCAGCUGUGGUGGUUAGAGCUUAGGGGUUAGGGAAUGGAUUAUGUGAAUCUGGGUCCUCACAAGUAUAGGAGUGCAGUGUUGUGUGUGUGUUUGUCACUGUAAGACGCGUCCAACAACAAGACGCUGUCCCUGAUAAUGAGCUUCAUUAUACGACGAUGCAGUGUGUUUGUUUGGAUCCAACGCUUCCUUUCCGAUUUGUCAGAAGAGCCAGUGAACGCAUCAUGGAAAUGCCACACAGAAAAUGUAGCUUUUAUAUAUGAUGACAUGUUAUUUAUAUGGAUGUGAAACUAAAAUAAAAGUGAGUAAUAUUAAUUUUUAACAUGUUUUUAUUUGGGUUUUUUUUAGCCUUUGGGUUAAAUUUUCCAUUAAAGUUGAGUUGUGUCAUAAAUCAUUCAAACUAAUGUAGCUUUUAUUAUUCUUAUUAUAACUGCAAUACAUCUACACACAGUAACAGCCUAACAGAUUGUAAUAUAUAUUAUAAGCUUAUAAUGCAUUUGAUUUUGUCACAGUAUUUUUAUAUGUUGAAGAGGAUGUUGUCACUGUAUCAUCUGUAGACUGUAGAGAAAUCUUUGUUUUCAGUUGCCCAAAAAAAUGUUUCCCAACCAGCCUCGUAUCAUCGAUGGGAAUUCUACAAAAAAAAAAAAAAAAAAAAAAUCAGAUAGUGUUUCGGUUCAUGUUGUCGCACCUGAGAGGAGACAGAUAGUGCUUCUUUUUCCUAUUUAUUUAAAUAAAGAGCUGUUUCUCCUUCA